AAGAAGACGAAGAGGAGGUCAAGGUGGCGGCAGCUCGUGUGUGGGAGUAAACAAGUCAGAUAUUUCGCCAUUUUUCUGCCUUAUUUUGAUGUGACAGGCGUGAGUAGGCGUGGCGGCGGUAGCUAAGUAUUCCUGACGCACGUAGGAUGGAGGAAAUCAACGUCAGCAGCCAGGAAAGCACGCAGCAACUGCGGGACACUCAAGACCUUCAGGAUUUUAGCAAUGAGCCUGAGCAGGAACAGAAUUUGGGGACAGUGUGGGGCAGACUGUUUGCCAUCCAGGAACCUUUUAUAUCAUACAAUCUCACCAAGAAAAUCUACACGUUUGGCAGAGGGGACGUGGACCACCAGUUCAAUAGUUCCAACUUUGACCGCUCUCUGCUGCCUUAUAUAUCCAAUGUGCACUUCAAGAUCAUGUUGGAGGAGAAGCAGGAUGGGGAGUCCCUGGUCAUUCUGGAGGACUUGUCGCUCAAUGGGAUGUUCAUCAAUGGAAAGCCAACCAAGGGACUGAAAACGGUGCUGCAGAACAACUUUGAGAUCAGCUUUGCUAACCCCACCAAGAAACUGUAUGUGUUCUAUGACUGCCUGAAGAAUGACGCAGAGGACUACCCCAAGGAACUGACUCAGACAUACACCAUCUCCAAGAGGCUUGGGGAAGGCUCCUUUGGUGAGGUGCGGCUGGCAUACAGACAGGGAACGCUUGAGAGGUGUGCCAUCAAGAUCCUGAAGAAGAAAGGAACCUGCAUGGCUCUCAACAACCUGAAGCAGAUCACCAAUGAGAUACACCUCCUCAAGUCUGUGGAUCAUCCAUGCAUCAUCAAGUUCCUGGAUGCCAUAGAGACCCCAGAGAAGAUGUUUAUAGUGAUGGAGGCAGCUGGCGGAGGGGAGCUCUUUGAUCGCUUAGUAUCCCGAGGCUGUCUCCCUGAACCUGCUGUCAAGUUCUUUUUCUACCAGCUGUUACUCGCCGUGCAGUACCUCCACCAGCGUAAGAUCACCCACAGGGACAUCAAGCCGGAGAACAUCUUACUGGCCACAACAGACGAGUUCACCACCAUUAAGCUGACUGACUUUGGCCUCUCUAAGUUAGCCGCUGACGCCUCCCAGAUGACCACCUUCUGCGGGACCUUCAUCUACAUCGCCCCUGAGCUCCUGGACACAGCCACUGCCACCUAUACAAGCCAGGUGGACAUGUGGAGCCUUGGCGUGGUGCUCUAUGUCAGUUUUGUCGGGGCAUCGCCUUUCCAUGGCAAUGACUUGGAGGUGCGACAGAGCAUCCUGCAGGCCAAGUACAGUUUUGGCCACAAGCUCUGGAAGGCAGUGUCUGAGCCAGCAAGGGACCUCAUCAUGCGCCUUCUCGUCAGGGACCCCAAGCUGAGACUGGACGCUGCUGCUGCUCUCAAACAUCACUGGCUGGAGGAUGACAAGAUGAAGCAACAGGUGGAGAGGCUGCUGCAGACCAAUAUGCCUUCCUUCACCCCUCCCAGCAGGAAGAGACCACUACAGGAGGAAGAGGAAACACUCCUGGCACCCAUGGACAAGACUCCUAGGCUUCCCAAUGGUCUAGCUGGGGACUUAUUGCAGGGGAGGUAGUGGAGUGGUGUGUAGGUGAUUCACUGUUAUUUAUCUCUGGUUUGAGCACUUUCCUGAAAACUUGUGUGAAGGACUUUUGCUGUGAUUGUUGUCGUAAGUUGUCUGCAGGAGUUUGGUCCCCAGGUGGAUGCUUGUUCCUAGAGGGUUUAUUUUUAUUCGGUGCAUUCCAGCAUCUAAGUGUUCUUUUGAAAUGUGUUUUUGGGCAUAAAUAUUAAAAAUUACUGGAAAUAUUCCUGUAAUGUGUGAUGUUCCAUGACACAAAGUGCGUCAUGUUUUGUUGUGCCUGUGAUGGCAUAAGCAGUGAUAUGUUUGUGCUUGUAAUGAAAGCACAUGUUAGUUGUUAAAGGUGUGAUAUGAUAUGCAAUGAAAAUUAAGAAAGUAAUAAUGUAAAAGGCGUGAUGACUUUAAAAGAAGUGUUGUUCUGCUGAUGUUUGGAUUCAGCAGUUUAAUAUUUAACAUAUGAAUUGCUGUUGUGAAAAUCUACAACUCAGCCUACACGACGUGGUGCUUCAUAAGUGCCACUGAAUCUCACUACUUAGUGCUGUACUUAGCUAUUUCUUGGUGCUGACAGGAGAGGUACAGUCUUGGCCAAAGUGUCGAUUAGCCUUCCAUAUUCACUUUUCUUUUUGUGUGUCUUCUAAAUCUUGAGUCCUCUGAUCCUAGAGUUUGCCUGUUGCCUGGUGUUAAAAGAAGGCUAUCAGUGAAUCAGACUCAAGAUCAAAGGAGAACAAUAUAUGUAAAGGAAAAGAUUAUGAGACAUCACGACUUAACCAUGACUAAACUGCUCAGCAGAAAUAUGUGACACUUGGCUCAUGAUACGGAGAAAAGGAGUGUUUGUGUGUGUGAAUCAACAAAGACAGCAGCUUUUAGGAGAGCAAAGCUUUACCUGAGUGUUGCCUUUGUUACUUCAGGGAGAUCACAGGGAACAGACCAUAUACCUCGACCAAGUUGAGGUAAAGAAUGGAGUGUUUAGAUAGGGAGAGGUGGAAGCUCUGUCUCCACUCCACUGGGAUAUUAAAGAGAUAGAUAAAUGAGUCAUGGUUUUCUUAGUUAUGGCUGCUGUGAUGCCAUUCAUCUGCUGUAUACUUCUGUCAUUGUAGAUCCACACACACAUAAACAUUACUUCUUCCACAAAUGAAGUGUUAGGUACUAUGGUUUUGCUGAAUACUGUAAUGUUAAUAUUAAUACAUUUUGGGAGAAUAUGAUACGUAGAUACAAAUUUAACAGUAUAUAUACAUUUUGCAGAAAUGUAUGUACAUAAGAUUAUUAAGCUCUUGUAAAUGGCUAUAUAUUUAAGGAAUUAGCUGAGGCAACACACACACACACACACACACACACACACACACACACACACACACACUGGUAAGAGGACUGACUUUCACCAACACCAAAAUAUGUCAAACACAUACUCUUCACAUUAAUGAAGUGACUAUACGUGUCUGUAAAACUCAGUGAACAAAUGGUACAUGAUAUAUAUGGUACACAUUUUACAAUAACUCAGGGCUGUUGCAUGACUGUACUUCAGUCUGUCAUUACCAUCAACAUUUGAACUGAAACAUCACCAGAUUACCUUUUUCUCCUUGGAAAUACACUCAUGUGAUGAAGCCUUGAAUUUGUGUGAUGGGGAAGUGGUGAGGAAUGAGACAAAACUAAGAAUUCAACAGAGUAGGAAUAAUUUUUUAAGAAUGGAGGAAAGACAUUGUGAAGAGGAGGAAAUGAGAGUAAAGAACAGGAAAAGGAAGAGCAGGAGAGAAGAUAAGGAACAGAGAGAGUGACAUUGAAGAAAUGAAGAGUAUUAAAAUGCACCUGUGUUACCUUGUCUUGAUUACCAUGGUGUAGAAUCCAGACUGCCAAUACCACCACUACCUCCACCACCACCAUCACCACCUCCAUUAAAGGGGUUGAAUUACUCUGCAAGGAAAGAUUGAUUAAAUUGAUGAUCAAACAAAGAUAUAUAUAUAUACAAAAAAUGGCAAUUUAUUUAUUUUUAUAGAGUUCUUUAUAUUACUGUGCAUUUAUUACUUACCUUUUUUUUCUGUCAGAUGUAUAAUUGAUUUUUUUUUUCUGUUUUCUUAAUGUUGUAAUCUCUUUAAUUCAAUAUUGUGAGGGUCUUAGAAGUUCCUCAUUUAAGCUGAAAUGCACAGAAAAUUUAGUGUUAAUACAUUGUGUAGAUUAUAUUAUUACUGUUUCUUGUAUGUUUUCUUCAGUUACUUUUUUUUUUUUUUUUUUUUUUUUUAUCUCUGAACACUGCAAUACAAAGCUGAGAGAUAUAGAUUAUUUAAUAGUUAUAGUUAAGUCAUAUAUUUAUUAGUAUAGUACUAGUAACUUAUUUGUAACUGUUUCUUGAAUACAAACCACUUGAUACACCACAUGAUAUAACACAGUCACAUUUACUGUUAAUACCUGACUACAAGAACACUCAUACACUUUACUGUCACAAAUUAUAACUCAAUCAUAUGUACUUUGUUAAUACCUGACUACAAAAACAAUACACUUUUGUCACUUAUUAUAACUCAAGACACAUUUACUUUAUUAUUUAGCAAUCACUAAACACUAUUGUUAUUUUGGUCGUACCUGAGACAAGGCAUCCUGUAUUAGAAGGUUGCACUCAGACCAAGUUACUGAAGAGAGGCUUAAUCUGUCAAUUCAUCAGAUUACAGUACAACCUCCACCAGUUUCUACCCAAACCCUUCUUGCUGUUCAAUUGUUUUCCCUCUUGUAUCACUUGUCACUGGUCAUUACAUUGGUCUCAGUGUGUCUUUUAAUGGGAGCUGCCUAUACUUAACCAGAUUUGUGAAGAGAGGAGAGUAAAUGUCUGCUACUGUAUUGUGUGUUUCAUCAAGGAGCAGAGACUAGCAGUUGUAAUAUGUACCUUAUGUUUGUUACUGAAAGGACAGACUUAAAUGAGGGAAGGGGAGGAAUGUAAAGUAAAAACUUGCUUAUGCCUUAUUACUUUAGCUGAAGAGUAGUAAAGAGUAGAUUAGUGGCUGACAUAUGUACCUUGUGUGUUUGCUGUGUCAGGAGCAGAAUUGAGGGAGUGAAAAGACGAGGAAACUAAAAUAAAGACUUCCUUAUGUGUCUCAUUAUUUUGUUAGCUGAGGAGUAGAGGGGAGCAGAGUAGCAGGUGAUGUAUGUACCUUGUGUGCCUGCUGUGUGAGGAGCAGAAAUUAGUGCAAGAUGAGUGUAGGAAAAGCUCAUUGCAUCAAACUUUUGUGUAGUUUUCUUACAUGAACCAAAAAGAAAUAUAUUUACUUUAGAAUUAUGUUUUUUCAAAGCAUAAUAAUUUUUUUGUUUAAUUAAUUUAUUUUUUUAUAUAUCAAAUGCAGUGUAGCCAAGAAAAAAGUAUCGUAUAUAUUGUAUUUGUAAUGAAAAUAGAAAAUAAAAAAAAGGAACAAAG